GCAGCUGGCCGGCCCCGGUCCAGUGCCCAGUUCCGUCCCGGAGAGACUCGCUCAGCUCAGACCCCGUGCUCCCAGCCGAAGAGCCAGCCGCCAGCAUGUGCAAAGGCCUGGCAGCCUUGCCCCACUCCUGCCUGGAGAGGGCCAAGGAGAUCAAGAUCAAGUUGGGGACACUCCUGCAGAAGCCGGACUCGGCCGUCGACCUGGUCGUCCCCUACAACGAGAAGCCGGAGAAGCCGGCCAAGCCCGCCAAGGCCCAGAAGCCGUCGUCGGGGGAGGCCCUCCAGUGGCGCGACUCCCUGGACAAGCUGCUGCAGAACAACUACGGACUCGCCAGCUUCCAGAGUUUCCUGAAGUCGGAGUUCAGCGAGGAAAACCUGGAGUUCUGGAUGGCCUGCGAGGACUUCAAGAAGACCAGGUCCCCGGACCAGAUCGCGGAGAAGGCGAAGAAGAUUUACGAGGAGUUCAUCCGCACCGAGGCCCCCAAGGAGGUGAACAUCGACCACCUCACCAAGGACAUCACGCAGAGGAACCUGGCGGAGCCCUCGCUGAGCAGCUUCGACGAGGCGCAGCGCCGGGUGCGCGCGCUGAUGGAGAAGGAUUCGCUGCCGCGCUUCCUGCGCUCGGAGCUCUACCUGGAGCUGGUCAAGUAGCCGCGCGGCGCCCCGCC